UUUUGUCAUCAAGACUCUCGCCAGAAAUGCCCGCCACAGACUCACCACCAGUCAUUGUAGCCCGCUUCCUGAAAGCAAACCAUUACAACAAGACUCUCGAAGCAUUCCUCGCCGAAGCAGGACUCCCCGAGGAAGCGGCCAUUACUAAUCCUGGCGACUGGACGAUAGAGAAAAUCCUCGAAGAGAAGAAGCAGUACGAUUCCAGUCUCGCCUUCGAGAAGAAAGGCGACGAAGCCGAUGUCGGUUGGAUAACACCAGCUCCGUCCAAGGCGGUUGAGCCGGAGGGGUUCCCUGUCACGUCAAACGUCCUCUGCGUGAGCGGGUCGAGCAGCAGAGACAAUGAGGACGGGGUUGUCUUCGUCACUGCCGCGGACCGCUCAUGGUCCAAUGUCUCGACUACACCGCCAUUUGCGCUGGCCGGCUCGAUUGAUAAUGCCCACGGAAGCCCGAUCCUGUCCAUCAGCUCUCUGGACGAAGGGUAUAUCUUCUCGACCUCCAUGUCGGGACAGCUGAUGUUACAUGAUUCGCGGGGUCGAUUGCUCGACAAAGUACGCGACCAUCUCAAAUAUGCUGUGCAGGUGGUUUCGGGAUAUACUCAUCAGGGCCGAUGGAUCGUGGCGACAGCAGGGUGGGAUCAGAAAGUCCACAUCUACGCUCCUGAACAUGAGCUCGCGGGGAACUUCCAACCAAGCACGACGUCGGACAUUGCUGCCGACGAACCUUUCAUUCACGGACUGCUUCGCGACCCGAUCCACACCAUCACAAUGCCCACGAACCCGGAAUCUAUGGUCCUGGUUCGAAAUCCAGAUACUCACGAUCUCUACCUGAUCCUAUCCCGGCGCGACUCUACGUUCCUUUACUACUACUGCAUCACACCCACGUCCGAUGAAUCUUCUUCCUCCCGGAGCAGCGAAGUCACAUACUCGGUUCAAGAGACUGGCAGGCAGAAUCUCGCGCCGCACUCCAACGCUUGGAUCGCAUUCACCCCUUCGUGUCUUGCUGUGUGCCCAGCGGAUCCUUCCCUGUUGGCCGUUGCAACGUCUCAUCUUCCACACAUGAAGCUUCUCAUUGUCCGGCUCCUCUUCCCCACGUCGACCUACAACUCUACCAAUUCCAUCGCCUUGGACAGCGAAUCCGAACCGCAAACCCAAGCCUCGCAAGCCCGCGCCGCCCUCGCGCUGCAAGACCGCGAAGACGCCGCGAUAAAACUGCACGUGACAACCAUGGCUCCACAAACCCCUUACUCUACGCCGCAGGUCGUUUGGCGACCUGGCGGGAAAGGCGUGUUUGUGAACGCGGACGACGGGGUCAUCCGCGGUUUGGACACACAUAGCGGGAAGGUCGUGACUGUGCUCAAAGGACAUGAGGUCGGGAGUAAAGUGCGGACCUUGUGGGCGGGAUGGGAGGCUGCUGAGCCUGGCACGUCCGGGUAUGGCAAGGAGAAGAAGGAGAUCCUUGUCAGUGGUGGAUUUGACAAGAAGGUGUUCUUCUGGAGGGUCCACGCUGCUUAGAUGGGUGUUUCUGACCAAGAGCAAGACACGAUAAGACGGCGGAGUUGUUGCAUAUUUCUAAAGAAUUAGAAAGGAAUUCGAUACAUGGUAGACAGCUUCUUGGCCUUGCCUUCAGGUCCAGAUCGGCGUUCUACUCUUCUGUAUUCUUUGACCUGCUUGACAUUUGCAGUUAACUGUUCCAGUGGCAGAAUGCGAAAGUGUCGGCAGGGCAAGCAAUCUGUGGCUUCGGAUUUUCCCUGGUGC